AUGAACCAGAUACUUCAGAUGGACGAGUGUCGCUUCGGUGCGGAGCUAGAGAAGGCCGAGCGGUCGAUAACUGGAGUUGGUCUGUGUGAUCGAAAGCGUAGUCAAACACUAGGUCCAGGACCCAGAGGAUGGCCUGACCCCGUACCCAAGCCAAGCAAGAAGUACAUUGUGUGCAUGGACGUGGCAUCUAUGCACGAAAUGGGUAAAGAUCGUCGUCUUAGAAUCCAGUCGGCUGAGAGACAUGUUCAUUGGCUUGUACAAGUCAUGCACGCUACCAAUUUAACACAAAUGCUUGACAGACAUCUCUUUCGCCUGCUCAAGGGUACGGGCUCGAAAGCCUCAAACCAAGGCUGA